GCUGAGCUGCUUUCGUCCAAGUGCGCGGGUUGCAACCAUGUCUUACAACUAUGUAGUGACAGCGCAAAAACCGACGGCCGUGAACGCUUGCGUUACCGGUCACUUCACCUCAGCAGAUGAUUUGAACCUGCUGAUUGCCAAGAACACCAGGUUGGAGAUCUAUGUAGUGACACCGGAGGGUUUGCGCCCUGUCAAGGAAGUGGGCAUGUAUGGCAAGAUUGCUGUAAUGGAACUCUUCCGCCCAAAGGGAGAAGGCAAGGACUUGCUUUUCAUUCUGACUGCAAAAUACAAUGCCUGUAUUCUGGAGUACAAACAAAAUGGAGAAAACAUCGAUAUCAUCACACGAGCACAUGGAAAUGUACAGGAUCGUAUAGGCCGUCCCUCUGAGACUGGAAUCAUCGGUAUUGUGGACCCUGAGUGCCGUAUGAUCGGUCUCAGGCUGUAUGAUGGGCUCUUUAAAGUGAUUCCAUUGGAUAGAGACAACAAAGAGCUAAAAGCAUUCAAUAUCCGACUGGAAGAACUGCAUGUGAUUGAUGUGAAAUUCUUGUAUGGCUGUCAGGUCCCAACCAUUUGCUUUGUCUAUCAGGAUCCGCAGGGCCGUCAUGUGAAGACCUAUGAAGUAUCCUUAAGAGAAAAAGAAUUUAACAAGGGACCCUGGAAACAGGAAAAUGUUGAGGCUGAAGCAUCAAUGGUUAUUGCAGUUCCAGAACCAUUUGGAGGAGCGCUAAUCAUAGGCCAGGAGUCAAUUACAUACCACAAUGGCGACAAGUAUCUUGCAAUUGCACCACCAGCUAUCAAGCAAAGCACAAUUGUUUGCCACAACCGUGUGGAUCCCAAUGGUUCCCGAUACCUUCUGGGAGAUAUGGAAGGUCGUCUGUUCAUGCUGUUACUGGAGAGGGAAGAACAAAUGGACGGAAAUGUCACCGUCAGAGACCUCCGUGUAGAACUGUUGGGAGAGACAUCCAUUGCAGAAUGCUUGACAUAUUUGGAUAAUGGAGUUGUAUUCGUUGGAUCCCGUCUUGGAGAUUCUCAGCUUGUCAAGUUAAAUGUGGACAGCAAUGAACAGGGGUCCUAUGUUGCUGGCAUGGAAACCUUCACCAAUUUAGGUCCUAUUGUGGAUAUGUGUGUAGUGGAUCUGGAAAGGCAAGGACAGGGCCAGCUGGUUACUUGUUCAGGAGCAUUUAAGGAAGGCUCUCUGAGAAUAAUUCGGAAUGGAAUUGGGAUCCAUGAGCAUGCUAGCAUUGAUCUUCCUGGUAUUAAAGGUCUGUGGCCAUUGCGUUCUGAUUCCACUCGUGACACUGAUGAUAUGUUGGUUCUCUCAUUUGUUGGACAGACUCGUGUGCUGAUGCUCAAUGGGGAGGAGGUAGAAGAGACUGAAAUGCCAGGCUUCGUUGAUGACCAACAAACCUUCUAUUGUGGAAACGUGGCUCAUCAGCAGCUCAUUCAGAUAACAUCUGGUUCGGUGCGACUGGUCAGCCAAGAACCUAAAUCACUGGUUAGUGAGUGGAAGGAGCCAAACGGAAAGAAUAUCAGUGUUGCAUCCUGUAAUAACAGCCAAGUUGUGGUAGCAGUGGGCCGGGUAUUGUACUACCUGGAGAUUCACCCGAAAGAGCUCAGACAAAUCAGCUUUAUAGAGAUGGAGCAUGAGGUUGCUUGCCUAGACAUCACUCCAUUGGCUGAGGGUACUAGUAUGUCACCCCUAUGCUCUGUUGGACUUUGGACAGAUAUUUCAGCUCGGAUCCUCAAGCUACCAUCAUUUGAAACCCUGCAUAAAGAAAUGCUUGGUGGAGAGAUAAUUCCACGUUCCAUUUUAAUGACAACGUUUGAAGGCAGCCAUUACUUGCUGUGCGCUCUCGGUGAUGGUGCUCUCUUUUAUUUUGGACUUGAAAUCGAAACAGGUUUGCUGAGUGACCGUAAGAAAGUUACGCUGGGGACCCAGCCAACAGUCUUACGAACUUUCAGAUCUUUGUCUACCACGAAUGUUUUUGCUUGUUCAGACCGCCCCACUGUCAUUUACAGCAGCAAUCACAAGCUUGUUUUCUCAAAUGUUAACCUCAAGGAAGUGAACUACAUGUGUCCUCUUAACUCUGAGGGAUACCCUGACAGCUUGGCCUUGGCCAACAACAGCACUUUAACCAUAGGAACUAUUGAUGAAAUUCAGAAACUACACAUCCGAACAGUUCCCCUUAAUGAAUCUCCAAAAAGAAUUUGUUACCAAGAGGCCUCUCAGUGCUUUGGUCUGGUUAGCAGCAGAAUAGAAGUGUUGGACCCCAGUGGAGGUACCACUGUCCUGAGACCAAGUGCUAGCACUCAGGCUCUUUCUACCAGUGUUAGUUCCAGUAAGCUUUUUCCAAGUAGUACUUCACAGCAUGAGAGCUCAUUUGGGGAUGAAGUGGAGGUCCACAAUCUACUAAUCAUAGAUCAACAUACAUUUGAAGUUCUUCAUGCUCAUCAGUUCCUGCAGAAUGAAUAUGCCCUAAGUAUUGUGUCCUGCAAGUUGGGCAAAGAUCCCAAUACUUACUUCAUUGUAGGUACAGCAAUGGUAUAUCCUGAAGAAGCAGAACCAAAACAAGGACGUAUUAUAGUAUUCCAAUACUCUGAUGGCAAGCUUCAGACAAUAGCAGAGAAAGAAGUAAAAGGUGCCGUGUAUUCUAUGGUGGAGUUCAAUGGCAAGUUGCUAGCAAGCAUCAAUAGCACGGUGCGAUUGUAUGAAUGGACAGCCGAAAAAGAGCUACGCACAGAGUGCAAUCACUACAAUAAUAUCAUGGCCCUCUAUCUGAAAACAAAAGGAGACUUUAUCUUAGUAGGAGACUUAAUGCGUUCAGUGCUGCUGCUUGCCUAUAAACCAAUGGAAGGGAAUUUUGAAGAGAUUGCCCGAGAUUUCAACCCUAAUUGGAUGAGUGCUGUUGAAAUACUAGAUGAUGACAACUUCCUGGGUGCUGAAAACUCUUUCAACUUAUUUGUGUGUCAGAAAGACAGUGCGGCUACAACAGAUGAAGAAAGGCAACACCUCCAAGAAGUGGGGUUGUUCCACCUUGGCGAGUUUGUUAAUGUGUUCUGUCAUGGAUCUCUGGUAAUGCAGAAUCUUGGUGAGACUUCCACACCUACACUGGGUUCGGUAUUGUUUGGUACAGUCAACGGCAUGAUUGGCCUGGUUACCUCGUUGUCUGAGAGCUGGUAUAACUUCCUUUUGGAAGUUCAAAAUCGACUGAAUAAAGUUAUCAAAAGUGUGGGCAAGAUUGAACAUUCAUUCUGGAGAUCGUUUCACUCAGAGAGAAAAACUGAACCUGCUGCAGGUUUCAUAGAUGGAGACCUUAUCGAGAGCUUCUUAGAUCUCAGUCGACCUAAAAUGCAGGAAGUGGCUGCAGGCUUACAGAUUGAUGAUGGAAGUGGAAUGAAAAGAGAAGCAACUGUAGAUGAUCUGAUAAAAAUUGUUGAAGAAUUGACCAGAAUACAUUGAGUGCUGGGCAGUACUAUGAAUUCAACAGUGGGAUUGCUGGUAUUAUCAGAGGGUUGCAGUGAAUCCUUUAUAAACAGUAAAACAACUACAGAGCAUCCAUGAAAUUAACCAAUGAUGCCUGGAAGCCUUUUCACUUGCAGCUGUUUCAUCACUAUAUUCUGAGCUGUUGAGUUAGGAUACUUUGUUUACGUGGAAGGGAAUUCCAGGGAAGGCUGACAAAAAUGACAUUUUCUCCCUCGUGUCUGGUUUUUAAAAAUGGCCAAAUAUUAAAUGUAAAAUUGCCUACUGAAAAUAUGAUAAUUCUGACUGUUGUCCUAUUCAACAGGAUGAGUGUAAUGCAUUCUACUUUUUGGAGUGAUGGAGUAGGCAGAAAUGACAAGUAAUGAUGUGGGACUGUUGGGCAUUCAGUCAAAGGCUUUUUAACUUUAACCCUUAGCUAAGUGCUCACAGUGCAAAUAAAUUUACAUUGAGUCUGCUGUGCUCCCAGUGACUGUUCUCUUAAACUUUGUGAUGAAAAAAUGUAAAAAAAAAAUUCUGUGGGGAAAUCUUGCAGUCUAAUGUAGAAAGAAAUGGGAUAUUAGGUUUAGCACUCGCUGAGUUUUCACUUCUUGUACUUGAGUUUGAAUUCAUUUUACAUUGAAGGUGGUUCUUGCUGUUGGCUGUAAAUUUCAGACUAGAUAUUGAUUUGAGCAGGUCUGCAGUCAGUGCUUAGUGCUGUUCUUGUUAAACCGUGGGCUGCUUAAUACUGUGAAUUCAUUAAGAUGAUAGUCUCAUUGAGAUAACUGAAAUGGGAAAUUAAAAGUACAGUGCAAUGGGCGGUAUUAUUCUGACACAUGUUUGGGAAAGUGUAGAGUAUAUUUUCUUUGAAUUUAACCUGUGCUAUACCUAGUCAAAGUAUACCUGAUGUGGACACUGCUAAAAAUGGAAAAUAGUUCCUGUGCAUUAACCAACAUAAUAGGUAAAAAUAUAAAUAAGUUAUUUGCACGCAGUGCUCUUGUUGGCCUAUUUUGCUACACAUAUGCCCAGCACUGGACAUUGGCAGGUCAUUUUUGGUGCUUUAAUGCUGAGCAUGUGGCGAUCAAAGACAGCUGUUGGAAAACAAAAUGUUAGCACUCCUGGGGUUAUCAAAGACCUAUUUAUGAUAUUUCUGAGCACUGGAUAGUGUGAAAGUAUUUCGUAAAGAAUUGUGGUGAAUGCAAGAGCUAUCACAUAUGCCUUAAUAUGACAGUGUAAUUAUAGGCCUCAAUAACGAUCCCCCCCCUCCCCCGAAAAGAUCUGGCGGACUAAGCUUGGUUACUGGUGAUGUGCAAUCUCCAUUGAAUAUCUGAAAAUAGGUUUGGUCAAUUUUCUACAUUGUGAGGGAUAACUUUUGCAUUGCUGUAUCAGUCUUUGAAAGUAUUGGCAUUCAGAGAUUUGUUGCUACAGUUGAAUUUCAGAAUUUAGAUUUAUAUGGUUGACUAGUAUCAACUAUCUGCAUGUAUUUCCUUUAUGGUCAAAAAAAAACCCAACUUCAUACUCCAAACCUGAGGAAAAUAUUAAUGCUGGAGAUAUACACAGGUGUUUCAAUAUCUUGGGAAACAAAAGUUAAUAAACAUAAGUCGAAUUCUCUUUUAGGCCAUAUUCUGGUACUUUUAAUUUUGAUCUCCCUUCAUCCAAGAGAUUGUAUUUAUCAGAGUAUGUUUUAGGAUUUAAUUGGUUUCCAAACAUUGUAGAAUGUUAAGUUGAAAUAUACUCUCUUCCCCAUUGAAUAAAAACACUGUUUAAUAUGACAGCACUGACGAGGGCAUAUCAUUUCAUGUGGGUUAAUAUUUUGGUUAAUAUGAAAAGAACUGUGGUACAUUCAACUGGAAGAUGAUCUAAUGGUUGCUCUUAUUUGCAGCUGUUUCUCAGGCUUAACGUGAACUGGGCUUCAUCUCUUGAAAGGGAAUCACUGUGAAGAUAGAAUGUGGGCAGUGGUAUAGUGUUAUGUACCUAUUUACUUUGGUUUAUAGGAAGAGUCCCCUUAUUACUUGGAAGAAAAUUUUAAUUCUUUCCAUUGUGGCUGUUGAAAAAGAAACGUGUCCUUUUGUAGGCUGAAAAUAAAACUGCUUUAUAAAUAAUGAACAGAUGUGCAAAG